UGUCAAAGUCAGUCGUUCGCCUGUCGCCUGCAAGGUUUGACGUCUUGUUUAAAUAAAUAAUAUUUGGAUCGCGUUAAGAACAAAAUCGUGCAAUGCAGGACCAACAUUGAAGAAAUUGUAAAUGAUCAAGCGUCUCCCAGAACGAAACCCGAUGGCGUGAAUAAUGAAGAACCUGAAAAGCGUAUCGGUCCAGGUACUAGACAGCGAUAUAGCCCUUCUUUUGCCUAAUGGUGUUUACGAAAUCAAACAAAUGGAAACGAAAUCGUCCCGACUGAAGCAGAUCUGUCUGUUUUGUCUCGCCCUGUGUCUUUUUGGCAUCUUCGGAUUCGGAUAUUUUUGUCCCGAGAGGGUAUGCGCAUUAUCAUCAAGAGAUUCUCUAUCCCCCAUUGGAGACACUUUAGGAAAACCUCUGGCAUUAGAGAGCAACAAAAUCGGUCUAAGCUACGACGACAUGUUGAACGAUGACUUUUCGUUCGACAUGGAUUCACAUGAUGUGAUGGUGUUUCUACAUAUGCAAAAAACUGGAGGUACGUCGUUUGGCAAACACCUAGUUCACGAUUUAGACCUAAAAAGACCAUGUAAAUGUCCAUUGACCAGGAAACGAUGCUACUGCUUCCGCCCCCAUUCCAACCAGAGCUGGUUGUUUAGCCGAUACACGACCGGAUGGAAAUGCGGUUUACACGCUGAUUGGACCGAGUUGACCGGUUGCGUGGACGAGAAACUGGACGAAUUAGAGGAUGUGGUCAAGAGGAGAUAUUUUUAUAUUACUUUGUUGAGGGAACCUGUUGCUAGGUAUUUAUCGGAAUUCAGGCACGUUCAAAGAGGGGCCACUUGGAAGGGUUCAAGGCACUUUUGUAAAGGAAGGGCAGCCACUGUAAAAGAGAUCCCGCCCUGUUACAAUGGGGAGAAUUGGGAGGGAGUCGAGCUCGACGACUUUAUAAAUUGCGAGAGUAAUUUGGCGGCGAACAGACAAACGCGGAUGCUGGCAGAUUUGGAAUUAGUUGGUUGUUACGAUAAAUCAUACAUGGCAAAACAGGACCGUGACCGAAUAAUGUUGGCCAGCGCAAAGAAAAAUCUCCAAUCGAUGUCGUUCUUCGGCCUAACCGAACACCAGAAAAUCUCGCAGUACAUUUUCGAAGAGACAUUCAAUCUCCGGUUCGCCAUACCGUUCGAGCAAAAUAACUCGACGUUCUCCAGUUCGACGAUAACGACCUUAACGCCCGCCCAAUCCGCUAAAAUAGCCGAACUGAAUAACCUGGACAUCCAGCUGUACGAGUUCGCCAAAAGUUUGUUGUUUUCGCGUUUCGAAAAGCUGAAGGCGCGCGAUAGCGAUUUUGAGGAGAGGUUCAAACAUUUGGGGGUUUUAAGCGUCAAGAAUAUUCCCACCGCGUUUGAUUGGGAUAAAGUCGAUUAAAUUCUGCCGCACAUAAAUUGAAGUGCGGUUUUUACGUAAUUCGCUUCGUUAGCAAUACUUUUUUUUUAGAAUUUUUACACCAGUUUAAUUACGAAAUUGACACUUUACAUAUUUUUCGUUGAAAAUUGGAGAUUUGAUUGUGUUAGAAUUGACAUCACUAUAGGGUUUUAUAAACUUCAUAUUUAUAAAAGCAAGUUUUGUCUUUGAAAAUUUGGAUGAGCUCAAGUCUUUUUGGUUUUAAUAAUUUGCGACAAAAGAUGCAGGAUGCCCCAAAAAUUAAGGUUCACGCAUAAGGAAUUUAUUAUAAAGCAGGGUUUGUAAAUAUCAUGAAAUUAUAUUUAUUGAAAAUGUGAAAAUAUCGGAUAUUAAUGAUAAAUACCGUAUAUACAUAAAAAAAUGGAUAUAUAGUGGUGGUCAAAUGUAUGGAUAUUUUUAAUAUUUUUGUUGUACGCAACUUUAUUAGCAAUAUACAGGGUCUCCAAGAUAAGGAUCCUAAGCAUGGGUAUCUCAGUACCUAUUGAAGUUACAGCCUAGGUUAAAUUAAAAAAAAAGUUGCGUACUUAAGCGUAUUUAAAUGCCGCUGAGAAAAUUCAAAAAUUUUCAUGGCCAUGACAACAACUAUUAAUCUACAAAAAAGUCUGCCCCAACAAAAAGUAUUCAAUGUACCAUAAAAUAUUUGUACCUUUAUGGGCUGGUACUUUGAUAUUUUCAAACUUUUCUCAAUAAAAAGAUAUUAAUUUAUAAAAUACAAUAUUUUAAACUUAGAACAUUGAAAGGCUAGAAGUAGCAUGCCGUGGAACUAUGGGCAGGUUUGUUUGCUUGCAACAUCUCUGAUACAAUGAUGCCAAAUGCUUAUAGAGAAAUGGCAAAAAUCACUUUAUAAUAUCAUAAAAAUUUUCAGUUUUUUCCGAAAACUUAAAACAAUACUACUGCUCCCCUUUAAUAAAAUAUAAAGCAUUUUUUAAAAAUAAAUUUGAUAAGAUACUCUAUAUCGAAGUCAAUAUACGUGAAAUAUGAAAAUAAAGUACGAAGAAACGAGAAAACGUUAAUGGCAUCGCAACGCCGCUCGAACGCAUUGUUGACGCCACCGAUACAAGCACUCUCUACCAGUGACGUCGUCAACAAAUAUUUACCUGAUAAAUUUUUA